AUGUUUAAUGGGACACUUUUAACUGAUCCGCGAUGCAUUGCUCCAGUCAAAGGGCCGAAGCGUUGUGGCGGCAAUAUCAGCACGAAUGAUCUUGAAGAAAGCCAGAAGCUAGGCAAAGUGAUCGAGACUAUGGGUCAGGAUAAGAGAAAAUCCGUUCUGAAAGAUAUCAUUCUGCUUCAUGUUUGUAAAAACACCCAUCGCCAGAAACUUGAAGAAGAGAGCGAAUGUUUGGGCAGACUCGUACAGAAAUACGAUGCGUCACUCCUACCAGAACUUUCAGGCCCAAAGUCGCUCAUCAAAGAAUCUAUCGUAACCGAUCCUCAACUAUUUAUACCACGGUUCGGUCCAUGUUCGUCAGAUCUAUCAAAUACGGUCAAAGAAGUUCUUCGGAAGCAGAUAAAUCCAAAUCAGGCUAAGUCAGGAACGGUCUAUGUGUUUGCUUGCCCAUCUGCUCCGGGAUAUGUGAAGAUCGGAUAUGUCAAAGAAUCUAUAAAGAAAAGAAUGGCAAAGUGGAAUAAAUGCCAUCCUCAGGCUAGCCUACUGUAUGAAGAAGCUUUCGCAUUCCCAGAGCGUAUGGAGAAGUUGAUCCAUCUCGAGCUGGCUUCUCAAAGACGUUGUCUCCUAGGAUGCAAAUCGUGCGGAAAAGAUCAUAUCGAAUGGUUUCAAGUAUCAAUCGAGGAGGUUCGUCGGUUGAUUCAAGACUGGAAGUUGAUCACACAAGAAUCUGAACUGUACAGUCGUGAUGGGCGCUUGUCGAGCUAUUGGAUCGAAAGGCUUGCGGUUAGUGAUUUGAUGACGUCGAACCCUGUGCUGGCCUAUUUUGAAGACUCUGCCAUCUUCGAUACCUGGCAAAGUCCUGACUCGAGGAAGAAUGAAGAUAUCUUGGCAGAAUCAUUCGCGAAGCUGGGACUUGCAGGCUAA